AUUUCAAAGAUUGGAGGCUGAUUGUACACGUUCAGGCAGUUGGCAUCCUCGUUCCGCUGGACUGGCUAUAUUGUCCCGAUGCCUUCAGUUGGCCGGGCCUGCUCUACUGCUCACCACAACUGUCCCGGUUCCCGGCGAGUCAUCANGUGAACACCUGUCUGAGCGUCGCACUACAAUUGUUGGAACGUGGUUGUCGUUUAGAUCGUCAACCCGGGGCGGGGGCGGAAAAAUCACCCGGUGGUUCCGAUCCGCUAACCAUGGCCAGUGAGGCGGAACUCCGAUUACGCGGUCUCAUUCUGCUUACUCGGCUCACAGACAAUGGGGCGAUUCGGUCUGCUCUUGCUUCGCCCGCCUACUUGAGUCGUUGCCUAACGCGGUUAGUUUUACCAGCCUGUGUGUGGCGUGCUGGACGAACGGCCGAAGCAAUGCGUAAAGCAGCUAGCACUUGCUUGGUCGCACUGAUUGCCGCUGCAAGCUCGAUCUACGAUAUAGAUGAGGCUUCCGUGGACGCUCGAACGGAUGAAGAAGUUCGUCUGGAUUCGUGGUUAUUAGGACAGUCGGAACCCGUUCGACGCCUGUUGGGACCGAAAACAGAAAAGAUUGAACGUAGUAGUAAGCUUAUAUUCGUCUAUAAUACUCACCCGAAUACAUUCACCGAGACCGUCAAUUUAUCAAUCCCCUAUCUGUUGAUUUCUUUUUUGAAAUGA